GUUGGCCCAGUGUGGCUGGUAAGGUAGUGUCAUGUGACUGGAUCUCUUUCAGCCACAUGUCAAGCCACAGAGCCUGGCGCGACCAGGUUCCAGAGCUUCGGGAAAUUUUGCAAGGUCGAGCUAUCCCCGAAGUUUAGGGGGCCGACGACGACAACGAACAAGCGCAGUGACGGCCCAGCCUCGCACACAAUGAACUCGGUUCCGACCUUCAGGUUUUCACAGCUGUCCUUCGGCGUUGCCCGGACAAGCAUACGGCAUGGCCACACGCGAUCGCGUCGCCGGACACCGCAGCCCGAGCUUACCAACUUCGAGCCAGGGCACGGCGAACAGAUCUGGGUUUACAGCCAUCUGACCUCGAACCAGGUCAUCUACUCGCACUCAAAGCAACUUGAUUCCAACCGCGCACUCCGCCAACUCCCUUUCAACGGCAAAAAGACUAAACCUGCGAAGCUCCGCCGCGACUACUGGCAACCGAUGGCCAUGAUCCAAUUGCCCCCCGGCGCCGGCGCGGCAGGCCAGUCCGUCUUCCAGAAGCUCCGCGAGUUCCGUCGCCUGCACGAACUCUGUUGGGACGAGUCCCUCCGCUUCGCCAAGACCACGGACGCUAUCACGGGGGUCACCAAGAUGCGCGUUCGCAACCGCCACGAGCGCGGCGUCGCCCUCAACGAUCAGCGCGCCAACUCCAUCGCCGACAUGGCCGCCGUCCUUGCCGGCGUCGGCAGGGGAAGCCGGUUGCACGUGAGCCCACAAGAGAAGAAGGCCGUCCUCGAGGAGGGCCAGAAGUUGAUGGGCCGGAAGUGGUCCCAGGAGCCGCCGUCGCCGACGGCGACGAUCGCGGGCAAGGAGGGCGCGGCCGAGGAUGCGACCAAGGUCGUCGAGGGCCCCGACGAGUUGCUGCCCGCGACGAUAUACUGGGCCAACGAAGCCGACCGCAACUUUGCAGAAAAGUGGUCCGAUAACGUUACGCACGACGUGUUUGAGGAUGUCAGGGCGCUGCUGGCAGAGAACCAGUUCACAGAGGUCGUUGAGGAGGAGGCUGAGAGCAAGUAGGUGGAGUAGGAACGGCUUGAAAUCCGUCGACAGGAAGGUCGUGUCGGAGAAUAGCAAGGGGAACGUACGGCCGAGACCGAGGCAUCAGAAGCUCCUCAGUCUGGGAAGGAAAACAUAGGCCGGACCUGACACGCCACUUUUGUGUUCUUGCGGGAGAAGAAAAAUGUACAUCAACAAGAGUACGA